AUGGAAAGUUCUGCUAAUAAUGAUGAUAGUGAUGAUAAUGGUGGUAUAUAUACACGUUUAAGUCGUCAACUUAAAAAAUUUGCAUAUGCAGAUCCAUGUGAAGUUGAAUGUAUUACUGAAAAACAUCAUUCAAAAGUACCGAUUAAAGUUUUAACUAAACAAUGUAAAGAAACAUGUCAAGAUAAAAUAGAGAAUUAUAAAUCAGCUAUUUAUCAUGAGUAA